AGAGAGAGACACAGCGCUUCAGAAGAAUCAUUGUAGUUUAAGGUUCCUGCUUCAACAGUGCUUGGACGGAACUAACCAUGAAUUCUCAGGUUCGACAGAAUUACCACCAGGAAUGUGAGGCCGCCAUUAAUCGGCAGGUUAACAUGGAGCUGUACGCCUCCUAUGUGUACUUGUCCAUGGCCUAUUACUUUGAUCGUGACGACGUGGCAUUGAAAAACUUCUCAAAAUACUUCCUACAUCAGUCCCAUGAAGAACGUGAGCAUGCAGAGAAACUGAUGAAAAUGCAAAACCAGCGCGGGGGGCGGAUAUUUCUGCAGGACGUGAAGAAACCAGACCGUGAUGAAUGGGCAAAUGGGCUGGAAGCCCUAGAGUGCUCUCUUCAGUUGGAGAAGAGUGUUAAUCAGUCUCUUCUGGAGCUGCACAAGCUUUCUACUGACCACAAUGAUCCCCAUUUGUGCGACUUUCUGGAGAGCCAUUACCUUGAUGAACAAGUAAAAUCUAUGAAGGAGCUUGGAGAUCAUAUUACCAACCUGCGCCGGAUGGGUGCUCCCAGCAAUGGCAUGGCAGAGUACCUGUUUGACAAACACACAUUAGGGGAACACCAUGACUGAUCUCCCUUUUUCUGCUUUCUUCUGUUACUGCUUCCCCCUGUAGUUUAAUAUCUGUGGUCAUUUUGUUUCUCUGCUUUUUUUGACACCAAUAAAGUAAUU